UUUCUGUUUCCACUUUUCCAGAGCAGCCAUUGGCUUUGCUAUCUCAGUGUCUUCUGGGUCUUAGUAAGCCAGACCAGCCUGUGGUUUGCCACUUUUCUCAGUGUCUUCUACUGCAGGAAGAUCAUGACCUUUGAACACCCUGUCUACUUGUGGCUGAAGCAGAGGGCCUGUUGCCUGAGUCAGUGGUGCCUUCUGGUGUACUUCAUGAUCAGUUUGUUACUUAUAGUCCAUGGUAGCUUAGAGUUCUCCGAUCCUUCCCAAGGAAACAGCAGCAUUUUAUACCCCCAUUCAAACUGGCACUAUCUGUAUAUAUUAUGGCUCAAUACAGGAAGUAUAAUGCCUUUCAUGGUGUUGCUUAUUUCCUCUGGGAUGCUGAUUGUCUCUUUGUGUAGACACCACAGGAAGAUGAAUGUCCAUACAGCCGGCAGGAGAGAUGCUCAGGCCAAGGCUCACAUCACUCUCCUGAAGUCCUUGGGCUGUUUCCUUAUACUUUACAUAGUUUACAUCCUGGCCAGCCUCUUCUCCAUCACCUCCAAGUCUUUUCCUGCUGAUCUUACCGCUCUCUUCAUCUCUGAGACACUCAUGGCUGCCUACCCUUCUCUUCAUUCUGUCAUAUUGAUCAUGGGGAAUCCCAGGAUGAAGUAGACUUAGAGAAUCCUGUGGAAGACAGUAUAUACUUGGAGAGAAAGGAGUGGUCAGGAGACUGUUUUGAGACACUUUUUUGAUAGCUCUCCAAAAGGGGGCUGA